CCACUUGCCUGCCCUGCACUCAGUUCCUCAGGACUCCUCUGAACUGGUAGGAAAAAUGCCGCAGGUGAAAGUCCCAGCAACGGAGGAGAAACAAACUGAUGAUGCCAUGCGCUCCUUUGCUGAGAAAGUCUUUGCUUCAGAGGUAAAGGAUGAAGGCAAUCGGCAUGAAAUCUCCCCCUUUGAUGUGGAAGAGGUCUGCCCCAUCUCUCACCAUGAAAUGCAGGAGCAUCUGAUCCAGCAGGAGACCACAAUUGACACUGACAAACGGAAGAAGAGGCUUUUGCGGCUGAAGACCAUUGCCUUGGUUCUUCCAAUUGCAGGAAAGUCUUCAACCAAACUGUCGACUAUUGAUGAGGUCAUCUCUACCUCAACUCAAUAUCAAGCUGUGCCCAAAUUCCAGCGUGUGCAGAUCACGGGGGACUAUGCAGCAGGGGUGACAGUGGAGGACUUUGAGCAGGUCUGCAGAGGUUUGUAUCGUGCCCUGUGUAUCCGGGAGAAGUACAUGCGGAAAUCAUUGCAGCGUUUCCCCAGGACUCCCUCUCAGUUCAUGUGCAGCAUUGAGAAUAAAGUGUGGAAGCCCACUGAUAAUCUACUGCCAGUGUUCACUGCAGCUAUGAAGGCUGGUGAGGAUCCUUUCCAGUCUGACAAUCUCCCUGAGAAUCUGGGCUACCAUGUGCAGAUGAAGGAGGGUGUGGUGUACGUCUAUGCUGACAAAGCGGCAGCAGCCCGGGGUGAGCCCAAGGACCUGCCUUACCCUGACCUGGAGGUCUUCAUUGAUGACAUGAACUUCCUGCUGGCCCUUAUAGCUCAGGGGCCUGUUAAAACCUACACGCACCGUCGCCUCAAGUUCCUCUCCUCCAAAUUCAACGUGCACGAGAUGUUGAAUGAGAUGGAGGAGCUGAAGGAGCUGAAGAACAACCCUCAUCGGGACUUCUAUAAUUGUCGGAAGGUGGACACACACAUCCAUGCUGCAGCUUGCAUGAACCAGAAGCACUUGCUACGAUUCAUUAAGAAAUCAUACCGGACUGAUGCUGAAAGGGUGGUGUACAAGUCCAAGGACAAGACGCUGACACUGAAGCAGCUCUUUGAGCAGCUGAAGCUUCACCCCUAUGACCUGACUGUAGACUCCCUUGAUGUGCAUGCAGGUCGCCAGACCUUCCAGCGCUUCGACAAGUUCAAUGCCAAGUAUAAUCCAGUGGGUGCAAGUGAGCUGCGUGAUCUCUACCUCAAGACUGAAAAUGCCAUCAAUGGUGAAUUCUUUGCCACAAUCAUCAAGGAGGUUGGCUCUGACCUGGAGGAUGCCAGGUACCAGUAUGCAGAGCCACGACUCUCCAUCUAUGGGCGUUCACCAGAAGAGUGGCCCAAAUUAGCCAACUGGUUCAAUCAACACCGUGUUUAUUCUCCCAAUAUGAAAUGGAUGAUCCAGGUGCCCAGGAUCUAUGAUGUGUUCAGGUCUAAGAAUUUCUUGCCACACUUUGGGAAGAUGUUGGAGAACAUCUUUUUGCCAGUGUUCGAGGCAACCAUUAGCCCACAGAACAACAAGGAGCUGAGUGUGUUUCUGCGCCACAUUACUGGUUUUGAUAGUGUCGAUGAUGAAUCCAAGCACAGUGGACACAUGUUCUGCACCAAGAGCCCCAAACCAGAGGAAUGGAACUAUGAGAAGAAUCCAUCCUACUCAUAUUACCUGUACUAUAUGUAUGCCAACAUUCAGGUGCUCAACCAUCUCCGACAGGAGCGUGGCAUGAACACCUUCCUAUUCCGCCCUCAUUGUGGCGAAGCUGGUGCUAUCACCCACCUGCUGGCUGCCUUCAUGACUGCAGAUAAUAUCUCCCAUGGCCUGAACUUGAAGAAGACUCCUGUACUACAAUAUCUCUACUUCCUAGCCCAGAUCCCCAUAGCCAUGUCCCCACUCAGCAACAACAGCCUCUUCCUAGAAUAUGCCAAGAACCCACUUCUUGAUUUCCACCAGAAAGGCCUGAUGGUGACAUUGUCUACAGAUGAUCCCAUGCAGUUCCACUACACCAAGGAGCCUCUAAUGGAAGAAUAUGCCAUUGCUGCCCAAGUCUUCAAGCUCAGCACUUGUGACAUGUGUGAGAUUGCACGCAAUAGUGUCCUGCAGUGUGGGAUGUCUCAUGAGGAAAAGCUCCGUGCCCUGGGGGAGAAUUACUUGGAAGAGGGGCCGCAGGGUAAUGACAUCCGCAAGACCAAUGUGGCUCAGAUCCGUAUGGCCUACCGCUACGAGACGUGGUGCUAUGAGCUUGACCUUAUAGCGGAGGGGCUGAAAACGGCUGAAUAGUUUCCCUUCAGUGCUGAAGCCUGCCAUGCCUGAUCCUUGCCAGAACCACAGAGCCGGACUGAAGAAGAGAAACCAGCAGCAGCUCCAUUC